UCCCGCACAAUGGCACACACCGAGGAACCACUCGAUGCCCCCGAUGGCUCUGCUUUGACAUGGAUCUUUGAUCACUGUCUCCGCUACCCCGGUACCUACGAGAUCCCGUUGCGUUCCAUGUAUGCGUUGAACUGCAACCCCACGAGACAACCAUCUUCCACCACCCGUCAGCCUGAAACAGCCUUCCAUCGCCCGACCAACUCGUCCUCCUCUCAGGACUCCAUGGAUCUGGCUGCCGAUUUCCGGGCUCAAUUGAGCCACCAAAUCUCCCGCUUGCCAUCGCAGCCCUGCAACCUGCCUCCCAGCUUCGUCACCUCCUUUGUGCGUCGCUGUUUCACCCCGCAACUGGAUGAGGUCGAUUUUCCUCAGGCGUUGACGGCCUUGGACUACCUCAAGGAUUUUGAGAUUCGCCGUCGGAAGGAGGUUGCUGCCGCUUUGGAACGACUGGGCGUGAAGCCAGAGGAUGUUAAGGAAUCUUCUGACUUUGCCAAGAAACACCCUGGUGUAAUCAACUGGCUCGAGUCGCUCAACGCCAAGGGCCGCCGCAUUGAGGCUCUCUACACUCAAGUCUAUGUUGGCCUGCGUCGCUGGACUCUGAUCAAUGAGAUGUUGCUGGAACCCUUCAACAAGGCCAACUGUAUCGCAAUGCUUAACACAUUGUUCCCUCCGGUCACUGAAGCCACUGUGCCUCCGACCUCGUAUCUGACUCCUGAUCAUCUGAGAUCUCAGCGUGAUGGCUUCUUUCGAUAUAUCGCAGCAGUCGGACGCAAUGGCCCGGACGUGCUAAAUGACAUCAUUGCUCAAGGUGCACGGCCGGGGGAACACAGCGGCUGGCCAGCUGUUCGGGAUGUUCUCGAUCGCUACCUUCGUGCGGCGAAUGAUAUCUAUGAUGACUGUAGCACAGUCACUGGACUUACCAGCUUCGAAGAGAGUAUCGCACUCCAGGCCCGCGGUCAUAAAGGUCGCAAGGUCGACUCCGGAAUCAGUUUCGGUUCCGCGGAGAAGAUCCUUGCUGCGGGUGUGGAGAGCAGCAAGGAAGUCGAGGAUAUCCUGGACAAACCUCUGCCUCCGCCCCCGUCAACUAGACCACUUCACAAAUCGGGCUCUGCCCUGGAGCGGUUGACUCGUGAGCUUCGCAAGCUUGGCGAGUCCGGCAAAGUCAAGAGUCUCAAGAAGAUGAGAUCCACGAGUGCUCUGGCGGUCCGGUCGGAAAACGUGCCUAGCCGGUCCGAAGAAGAGUCCAUCUUUGAGAUCGAUGAAAUGAAGCGCCGGCGGCUCCUUUGGGAGGCCUCCAAUCGCAAGAAAGCCCAUUCCAAACAGUCUAGCACGGACUCGCGCUAA